UGUGAACAAUCCAUCACAUCGCAUCGCCAGAAUUACAAUAUCCGCGUAUUUGCAAAACACGGUUGUACAUCUUCAGGUCACAAUGCCACGUCCCAGCAAAAAAGCAGCGAAACCGCCUUCGGACUCUGGCGAAGAUGACCACGACGAACAUGACCUCUCCGACGUCGAAGAACCCCCCACCAUCGACCCUUAUGAGGUCCUUGGUCUCGAGCGCGAUGCGACAGCCGACCAGAUCAAGACUGCAUAUCGGAAGGCUGCGUUGAAGAACCAUCCCGACAAAGUUCCAGCCGAACAAAAGGACUCCGCCACGGCCAAAUUCCAACAAAUCGCCCUCGCCUACGCCAUCCUCUCCUCUCCCACCCGCCGCCAACUCUACGACACCACAGGCUCCACCUCCGAAACCCUCGCUUCCGAUGACGGUUUUAAUUGGGCCGAAUACUACAAGUCCUGCUUCGCCGAUUCUAUCUCUCCCGACACCAUCGAAGCCUUUGCCAAGUCUUACAAAAACUCCGACGAGGAACGAGCAGACGUUCUGGCCGCUUACACCGACUUUGAGGGCGACAUGGACGGGGUAUACGAGACCGUGAUGCUCUCUGACGUUUUGGAAGAUGAUGAACGAUUCAGGACUUGGAUUGACGAAGCGAUAGAGAAGAAGGAGGUGGAUGCUUAUCCAAGUUAUACCAAGGAAACGAAGAAGAAGCGGGCGGCGCGUGUAAAGGCUGCGAAGGGGGAGGCCAAAGAGGCGGAGGAACUUGCUAAGGAGUUGGGAGUUUAUGAUAAGCUUAUGGGUUCCAAAGAUGGAGAUGCGAAGACGGCGACAAAGGGAAAGGCGGGUGCAAAGGGAAGCAAAGGCAAGAAGCACGAUGGCGAAGGUGCCCUGGCUGCGUUGAUCUUGGCGAGACAACAGAGUAGGGGGGAUAUGUUUGAUAAACUCGCUGAGAAGUAUGGAGCUAAGCCGAAGGGGAAGGGAAGCAAGAGGAAGGCGGAGGAGCCACCGGAGAUUGAUGAGGAGGAGUUUCAGAGGAUACAAGCUGGGUUGGGCAAGGGCAGUUCGUCAAGUGGCGGAACGAAGAAGGCGAAAAAGAGAAAGGCGUAAGCAAGUGCUUGAAUGUCCGAGUAUGAUUCCAAGUGGAUGCAACGGGUCAAAGGGGUUUGGAGUUCCGGUAUCUUGAAAUGUUUUGUUGUUUGGUUCAAGUAUGGUGUUCUGGUUAUGGAUGUUUCAAGAAUACCAAUCAAGCGUUGCGAGUUUCGUUCAACAUCAGCACAGGGGCAUCAAUUCUCAAGGCAACAGCAGGUGACGCUGACAAGUGCUGGUUGUUCACAGGUUGAAUGCCCGAAAUAUGUUUUUACCACAUUCUCUUCAUACUGACGACUCCCUUGGCUGAACGCCCAAUCCGAGACAAACCCAGCGAGUUUAUCCAUGUUUCGUCAUUCACCAGCGUCUAUUUGUGGGUAUCAUAACCUUCAACAUUAGAACCCUUCCAACUCCUACCUUUCCCAUUUCCACUCUCUUCGCCUCUUUAUCGGCAGCCCUCAUUGUCCCCUUCGUCUCCAACUCCACUCUUGGAUCAUUAUGCUUUUCGCUCGGCCGCUUCGCAGUCCUUGCGUCGAUAUUGUGGCCAUGAAAGUCGAAGCUGUGUGGGAGAAGGAGGUGAAGUUGAGAAGACUUUGACUUGAAGAGUUCCCCAGUCUUUUCGCCUUCAACACAGGGGAAAUUGGGUGGUUGCUCCUUCACUCUCAACCCACAUCUCAUCACUCGCGUCUUUCACACCGAGUCUGAUUUUGUUCGAUUCCCAUUACUGCUCAAUAACAAGGGAGUAUAUCAC